AUGGUGCUGCGAAAACCUUCCGCCAGCGACGUGUCCGAUCAUGGCAUUUUGAUAUCGCGCAACACCCCAAGAGGCAUGCAAGCAGCACAGCAGGGAACGAGACAGCAAAGAAUCUCCAGCAUGACGGAGAAAGGGCUGAAGAGCAUCUCCAACAACUCUGUUCGGUUUCGGGUGCUCUCGGAAAAAUCUCGAUCGUUCUCUGGAAGCUUGCCGGGCAUGAGUGCUUCCAAGGCUCUGGACCGUAGCAGGUCGGUGAAAGAAUCCAAAAUCUACCGACAGAGGGAGAAGGUGGAGAAGAACAAGAAGAGAUAUGAAGAGGCUGAGAGCAAGAGGCUGGAGAUGCUGUGCAAGUACAAGGAAGUGCUGAAGAAUUACUCUGAGAAGGGAAAGAAGAUGAGUCGGGAACAAUGGCAAGACAUGCAGGAAAGCCUGAAAAGUUUCGAGGAGAAACGAGACCUCGAAUGGCAGCGGUACUCAUCCUCCUUGGUCAAUCUGCAGAUUGCGUCGGAUCUUCCGUUCUCUUCUCCGAUCCGUUGA